CACACUUACACAGCGCUAGAUAACACCUGAGCAGAAGAAAGCAGCCACCUCCUUUAGGCUGGGACACUGAGGAGACUGCAGCUGAAAAAAAAUGGCUGGGCCAAAACCACGUAUUAUUUCUCUGACCAAGCGAGAGGGACAGGGCUAUGGCUUCUACCUCCGAGUGGAACACGGCGAGGAGGGUCACCUGAUCCGAGCCCUUGAGAUGGGCGGCGCGGCUGAACUGGCCGGUCUGAAGGAUGGAGACCGCAUUAUCAGAGUCAAUGGAACUUUUGUGGACAAUUUGGAGCACAGUCAGGUUGCAGAUUUGGUGAGAAAGAGUGGGAUGAGCGUCACAUUGCACGUUCUUGGAGAGGAGCCAUAUAAGACGGCCAAAGCCAAGGGUGUGAAUCUCGCCGACCCUCAGUCCCAGUCAGGUCAGAGCCAGCCCACCAUGAAUGGAGUGUCUGCACCAGCCGCUAAAGCCAAACUUUGUUAUCUGCAAAAAUCCAGCAGUGGAUUUGGUUUCUCCUUAAAGUCCACCAAAGGUACUAAAGGUGUAUUCAUGAUAGACAUUGUGUCUGGAGGAGUAGCUGAUCAGGCGGGUGUCAAGCUGGGUGAUCGUUUGGUGGAGAUAAACAGCGAAUAUGUUGAGAGUCUCGCACAUGAACAGAUUGUGCAAAAGUUGAAAGCAGCCGGUGACAGAGUGAUGCUCUUGCUGGUGGAUGAGGAUGCUGACAAAUACUUCAAGAGCAAAAGCAUUCGACCAGGGGUGGCUCAUGCCACGGUCAGGCACCUCGCACAUAAGCCACGCAUUGCAGACAUGACCAAGAGAGCAGAUGGUUAUGGCUUCAUCCUGAAGGAAGAUCCUAAACGUAAAGGUCAUUACAUUGGAGAAAUAGACAUGGGAAGCCCUGCGGAGAGAGCAGGACUGAAGGAAAAUGACCGACUAGUGGCUGUGAACGGAGAGGAAAUCGAUAACUUCACACAUGAGCAGGUGGUGAACAAAAUAAGUAAAGAAGGAAACAAGUGCUGCCUCCUGGUGCUGGAUGCUGUAACCGAGAAAAUGUACAAAUUGGGUGGAGUUUCUCCACUUCUGUACUGGGAGGAAAUGAGAGGAUCCCCGCCCAGCUAUCCUGAGCUUGAACCUGCUCCAGCAGUGCCCGCGCCUGUCCCAGCUGUACCUGCCGCAGCUGUACCUGCCCCAGCAGAUGUGGACCACAAACCCAAACUGUGCCGGCUGGUAAAGACCGAUGCUGGAUUUGGUUUCCAUCUCAAUGGCAUCCAGGGAGUUAUCGGACAAUACAUCAAAGAGGUGGUGAAAGGUGGAGCAGCAGACAGAGCUGGACUGGAGGAUGAUGACAUUGUUGUGGAGGUGAACGGGGUGAACGUGGAAACCAGCACACAUGAGGAGGUCGUUAACCUCAUCCGCAAGAGCGGGGACACGCUGGUCCUCUUAGUGGCUGAGAGGACAGCCUAUGACCACCUGAAAGCACAAGGGAUCGCCAUCACCCCUCAACUGCUGAAUAAUGAGCCCUCCACUAAUGUCCCAGCACCAGCUUAUGUGCAAGAGGUCCCAGCACCAGCUUAUGUGCAAGAGGUCCCAGCACCAGCUUAUGUGCAAGAGGACGAGAGGAAAGACACAGGAAGUGACAGUGAAAGACCAGCCACUCCACCAGCUCAACCCCGUUCAAGGGCUUCUUCUUCGUCAUCCUCGUCAUCAUCAUCAUCAUCAUCAUCAUCUUCCUCAGCAUCAAAUAGUGAGGACGACAGACUCUGAGCAUUCACUUUCCUGUACCAACAGAUACUUUCAAUAGUAACACUUUAUUUUAGUGUCCUUGUUACACCUUAUAUGUAGUAAUACAGAUAUGCUCCAUAUAGUAAUAACAGUAAAUUAAGCAUAAUUACAUGCAACUAAUCCUAAACCAAGCCCUAACCCUAUAGUAAGUACAUGUUGAUAAUUAAUAUUAUUCAGUACUUACAUGUAUAAUUACACUGUAACAAGGACACCUUAAAAUAAAGUUUAACCCUUUCAAUCAACUACUGCACAAUCUAUUAAGAGAGGAAAUGCCCGUUUGAACAAGAGACUGUAAUUCCCAAGUAUUUUCAAUGUGAAUUUACAAAGCUACACUUAGUAAGGAUAUCAAAUGUAACAUUAUUUCUGUACUGCUUUCUUUGGGAACUGCAACAAUGACAAUCUAUUUAAACUUGCGUUAUUAUACUUUUGAUGCAUGAAAUAUUAAAUUACAAGCAGUUAAGGGCUUUCAGACAAUGCAUAGGCCUACUUCUUGAUAUGUAAUUUAUUCUACGGGAUGGUUUUUGUCAUUUUUCUGGUGGAUGCCUGUUGAAUAAAACCUGCUCUUUUUUGA